AUGGAGCGGGCAACGUGGAGGGCGUGGCGGGUGCUCCGUGGCGUCUUGUCAUCGCUGGGGUUUUUGUGGCUUCUUGUGUUGCUCCCCGCCCCGCAUGUGUGCGGAGUGGCGCUGGGGCAUGGCGACAGCUCGAAAUUUGAGGCGGCCGCUAUCGAGCAGGAGUACCGCUGCCGCACCUGCGUGGCGCUGGCCACUCUUUUUCGCGAGGAUGUCAUGCUGCCGGCUGUGGGCGGCCUACACACGCUGUCGUCACAGACAGGGCGAAAGGACAGCGAUGCGGUUCGUGCAGGUGCACGGCAGCGUCUUGUUGUGAAGAUGCACGAUGCCGUGGACGGUCUCUGCCGCCGAGUCCAUGAAAUUCAUCGCGUGGAAAAUAACAGGCUGGGGUUUGUUACUGCCGAGACGGACAGUGCGGAGGAAAAGGGGAAACAAAUGCGAUUGCAUGAAGAUGACUUGUUUGGCUCAAGAAGAGCGGUGCGGGACGCUGUUGAUGCCUUGUGCGACGCCGUGCUGGAGGAGGUGAAUGAGCCACUGGCCCAGAGAGCAUUUGCGGCACUGCUGCCUGCCAGUAAGACGUCCGACGAAGAGUCAUGGACAGAAGGCAAGGAGACGCAUCAACUCGGCGAGGCUGGCGCAUUCUGCGAGCACCAACGUAUAUGUACGCCGUCCGCUGUUCAAAGUAUCGUCCAGGAAGAGGAGAUGCGGCGGCAAGCAAUUGAACGGUUGGCCAAAAAGCAAAAAACAGGAGAAAAGCAACACCAUUUUUUGUCAUUUGAAUCGUGGAGAGCGUCCAACGUGACGCUUAUGGCUCCAGUUAUCCUCCUGGCGAUGCUUACGGCUGGAUUCUUGCUGAGACGACGUAGGAAGGGGAAAACAGCUGCCAUGCGUGAUGGCCGCACGAAGAGUGAGUAG